AUGGCAGAGUUGUGGUUCGAUGAAGAAGAAGAGAUGCAGGAUGCAGGCAUUUGGGAGUAUGAUUCAGAAGAUGAAAGCAUGGAUGGUCACCAAGAAGAACAACAACAGCAACAACACAUAGACACUGAGGUUGCUUCCUCACAAAUGCAACAACAGGCUCAUGAAGGGACUCAUAGUGUAUGCAGAAAGCAACUAACAUUGCAGAAAAGAAGGAAAAUUGUAGAUGCACUUUUGGUGAAAAUGAACAAUGGGACAUUACCAAGGGGUCACAUGAAGCAGUUAUCAUCUGAAUUCAAUGUUCACAAAUCAACAAUAACAAGAAUGUUCACAGAAAUAAAAAGGCAGCUGGCAAUAGGGGACUUGAUUGAUGUCAGGACUAAAAUUGGCAGAACAGGGAGAAAGCCAUUGCAAAUUUCUGAUGAAAUUCUCCAGUCAGUCCCAUUACAUUUAAGGCAGACAGAAAGGAGCUAUGCAGGAGCACUGAAGAUCAGUCACAGUACAGUUCACAAUUUGAAGAAGAGAGGAAGGCUAAGAACACACACAAGCUGCAACAAACCAUUACUGUCAUCAGACCAUAAGGUAGCCAGACUAAGAUGGAUUUUGUCACACAUAAAUCCAAUUACAGGAAAUGAGGACCCCACAUUUGUUGACAUGAGGAAUGUCAUACACUGUGAUGAGAAGUGGUUCUACUUGAACCCUGAUAAAAGGAGGUUUUAUCUACUACCAAGUGAAGAGGAUCCUUACAUGGCAGUUCGGUCAAGAAGAUUUAAGCUCAAGGCCAUGUUCAUGGCAAUUAUAGGGAAGCCAUUAUAUGGCAUAAAUGGAGAAAUGUUACAUGAUGGGAAGUAUGGCAUCUUCCCAUUCACUGUGCAGCAAGUAGCAUAA